UGGUCCUCCGGUCCUGCGCCCAGAGUGGUGCAUUGUGGGAAACUCCUGAGCACUCCUCGGUAUCCGCAGCCGCCGCCCGCUGUCAUCCAGCCCGAGAAGCGAAUGCGCAGAGAGAAGCUGGAGGCCCAAAGGAAGACACCUGUAUAAUGCCCAGAGGUGAGCUGUCCUGAGACACCGUGAUCCAGCCACCUGCCAGUCCCCCAAGCCCCAAGCCAGCUGACAGCACACAUUGCCAUGGAGUCCCGAGGAAAAUCGGCCAGCAGCCCCAAGCCAGACACCAAGAUGCCUCAGGCCACAGCUGAGGCCAAGGCCACUCCAGCCGCUGAUGGGAAAGCCCCCGUGACCAAGCCUGUGAAGAAGGACACCCAAACAGAGAAGCAGGAGCAGCCAGCAGCCCCUGGGCCAGCUACUACCAAGAAGACGCCGGCCAAGGCAGACCCUGUACUUCUCAACAACCACAGCAACCUGAAGCCGGCCCCCUCGGUGCCUGCGGCCCCCAGCAGUCCCGAUGCAACCUCAGAGCCAAAGGGUCCUGGGGAUGGGGCCGAGGAGGAUGAGUCUAACACUGGAGGCCGCGGUCCCUGGCCUUGUGAGAACUUGACCCCUUUGCUAGUGGCUGGGGGUGUGGCUGUGGCCACCAUGGCCCUAAUUCUUGGUGUGGUCUUCCUAGCCCGGAAAAAAUAAUGCCUGGCGUCCAGGUGGGGGCACAGAGCCACUUUCUGUACAGACCUGAAUAUAUAGUGCAUGCAAGGUCCUAGAUACUUAUCUAUACAUACACACAUACAUCUCUCUCACACACACACAAACAAACACACACGCGCGAGUAUAUGUAUGCUACAUACAUCCAUGCAGCAGGAGAGAGACAGACAGGAGCCCAUCUCCACUGACCCCAGCACAUUCUCUCCCAAGUCCUGGGGCAAGAGCCCAGCUCUGCAGUUUGCAGGAAGCACUAGCCUGAGACAGAAGGGAUAGCCUGGACUAAACAUCUAGGAACAGAUGCUGGGUGUGGCCUCUGAAAGAUAAGUGGUGGAGUAGGCUAGCCCUGUGGGGAUACUAAAGGGCAAGGCUGUUUCACUCUCCUCACUUCCCUUUUGUGCAGCUGGGGGCAGUCUGUCUGGGCCUGAUGCAGGGGGACUGACCUGAGGAGGGAUUCAAAUCUGCAGAGCUACCUCCACCCACUGUCCUCUGUGCUGGCUGAGUGGAAAUGCAAAGCUUAACAGCUAAAUUUGGGGUGGGAUCCCCCCCCUUCUCUUUUUCAAUAUGUGCCCCAGGAGAGCUCCUGAGGCUAGGACCACCUUACUCCAUGCCCAGAGCAACAAUUGGGUUUUUUUGUUGCUGUUUUUUGUUUUUGGGUUUUUUUUUGGGGGGGGGGGACUGAAAGCCUGGCAGGGAGGUAGGAAAUAUGGAGGAUCUACAUUACAGUUGUGCCAGCCCAAUACCCCCCAAUAGACUGCCCUGCCUGCCUGCACCCCACACCCCCUCGAGUCUAACAGCGUAUAAAUGCAAUAACACAGGUAGAGUAGAGCUGCCCGGUGGGGGGCAGUCACCCACGGCCUGCAGGAAGACCUGCUGUGCAGCCCCUCCGGAGUGCAUCUGGCCCCAGCUUGCCCCUUGGUGUGGUGACAGUGGGCAGGUUUCCAGAAGGCUGCAGUGGGCUCCAAGGAAACAUUGCCCUCACCUGGCCAGUGGCUGUCGGGACCUUGGGCCUGAGUGGAGGCUGAGUUUGAAAUAAACUGUUACAAUAUAAA